AUGGACCCAUCACAACUAGAAAAGCUCCGCCCGUGUGGCCGACUAGAAACAUACAGCACAGCUCGACACCAACUGGGCUUCUACAAUAAUGUCGGCCUGACUGCGACCUACACGACUUCGUCCACCCAAGACAUUCCCUUCGAAAGUUUGGUUUCUGCCGCCCUUCACCAUGUCAUCGCAGAACAUCCAAACCUAAGCGCCAUACCCGUCAACGAAGAGAGAUCAUAUCCUGAUGUCUACUUCGCGCGGCUACCUGAGAUUGAUUUGCGUACGUGCGUAGUAUUUCGCCAUCGCAAACGAUCUAUACCGAAGAAUGAUGAAGCCGAUGAUGAGCUCGACAAAUUAUUACGCGAACAGCACGACCGCAACUUCAAAGGGGAUGUCAGGUCGAGGCCAUAUUGGCGACUCAUUAUCGCCUCGUCACCAGAGACACCAGGAGAGUUCACUGCCUCGUGGAUCUUCCAUCAUGCGCUGAGUGACGGUGCAUCGUCCAUGCUGUUCCAUCAAAGCUUUCUCGAGGGUCUGAACGCGGUUUCGGUACAGAAGACGAUCGAUCCAGUAGUCAGAACGCCUUCGACACAACUUCUUCCCCCACUAGAGGAGCUACACCCCAUGACGAUCUCGUGGCCAAUCUUCUUGCGUGCCAUCGCGGGUUCUUUGCUCCCCUCGUACUUCGCGCAACAUUCACCAAAUCUUUGGACAGGCUACCCCGUCGACGCGAUAGUCCAAACACCCACUUCGUCUCACAACACGAGCGUAAUCCUCACCGCCGAACUAACAACAGCAUUCGCCAAAAAAUGCCGAGCCGAGGCAACGAGCGUAACAGCAGCAAUCAGCACCCUCCUCGCCACCAUUCUGUUUCGUGACACGCUCCCACACAAUGAGCUUAGAAUCGGCACACCGAUCUCUCUCCGUCCUUUCUUGUCUAUACCCAAAAGUUGCAUGGUUAAUGCCAUCACGAAUCACACGUUUAUCUUCAACUACAAUGGCAACAACAGCCGCAGUAUUGUCAGGACCUUCUCCUGGGACAUAGCGAGGCAAGUGAAAGCCGGAAUAUCUCAAGAACUCGCCAAACAGGGCGCAGAUAAUCCAGUCGCACUGCUCAAGUAUGUAUCGAAUAUGCAAGAUUACUUCCUCGAGAAACUCGGCAAACCACGAGACUCAAGUGCAGAGGUGUCAAAUCUUGGCGUAUGGCGUCCUCAAAACUCUUCAAUUUCACACGAGGGCGAGGCGAAGUGGUCCCUCGGCCGCCUGACUUUCAGUCAGAGCCUAAACCGCACCGGCCCGCAGAUCAGCCUCAGCGCUGUCACAGGCGGUGACGGGUGUAUGGCGUUGAGUUUCAACUGGCCGGAGGAGCUUGUGCAGUAUGAAAGAGAAUAUGGGGAAAAUUUGUUGCAUAUGAUUCCGGGGCGGAUGAAAGAGGGAAUCAAGGCACUUUUGAAGGAGGAAGUGGAGGAGUAG